AUUUAGUAAUUCAGUUAGAUAUGGGACUUCUAUGUAAAAUGUGGCUGGUUUCUUUUGUUUCCAUGUCAAUUUGUGUUGUGUUCUUUAUUCAAAAAAUCAGUUCUCGAGUUUGUUUGAAAGAUCAUAUUGGUUUCCUGGUUUCUGUAAACAUACUAACUUAUCCUAGACUACAGGUUUAUGAUCUAACCCAGUUACUCAGUAACUUUUAUAUCAAGAACUAUGCCACUCUUACAAAAAUCCAACAAAUUGAGUGGAACAAUCGAGGUAUCUCCACUAUUCAUGCCAUUUUCAUCACAAUUACGUCCUUGUACUUUGUGUUCUGGUCAGAUCUUUUCUCUGACAAGCGGCUUGCUGGCUUGAUCACAUUUCGAAGUUCACCACUGUCUAAUUUUGCAUUAGGGGUCUCUGUUGGAUACUUCAUUGCUGAUCUUGGAAUGAUCUUAUGGCUGUACCCCUCUUUAGGUGGAGUAGAGUAUGUUAUCCAUCACUCUCUUUCUGGAAUUGCAGUGUGGUAUUCCAUGUUUUCGGGAGAAGGACAACUUUAUACAUACAUGAUUCUCAUCUCUGAAAUUACUACUCCAGAGAUCAAUAUAAGAUGGUAUCUUGAUACUGGUGGUAUGAAGAGGUCGAUCGCAUAUCUCAUCAAUGGCGUAGUGAUUUUUUUUGCAUGGCUGGUAGCUAGAAUACUGCUGUUUGGCUAUAUGUUUUACCAUGUUUACUUGCAUUACGAUCAGGUUAUCCAAAUGCACAUUUUUGGAUAUCUCUUGGUCAUGGUGGUGCCAUCAGUUCUAGCUAUAAUGAACUUCGUGUGGUUUGGAAAGAUUCUCAGGGGAUUGAAGAAGCAAUUAGCUAAACGGCAAUAAUGGAAACCUGGGAUCCAUGCUACCUCUUCGGAAAAAUUUCUCGGGUCUCUUGUCUUUGCAAGUUUUCCGAAAUUGCUCGUCAUCUGAACAUUUUUUAGUCCUUGAGAUUUCUCUUAAUAUGAAGAAGCUGAAUAAAGAAUAAGGCCUUGAUAGGAGCGGCUUAAAGUACAAUCAAAACUGGAUGUGGAUCAUGUGGUUGGUUUUAAAAAAAGGGUGUCUUGGAUAAAAAGAAAACUGGACUAAAUGGCAUUCUUCAAGGAUCUGUCAAAAGCCAAAGUGUGGCAGAUAUCUAUUCGUAUUUGGAAUGGUUGGGCUGUGUGUGUGUGUGUGUGCGCCGUGCGUGUGUGUAUAUAUAUAGA